AUGUCUCUCACACUCGAGCAUAUUGAUGCAUGUCUCCCGAUAACGGCGUUGAAGACGUUUGUUAUAGGUGAUAGACGAUUCAUUUUUCAAAGUCAAGGCACAUUCUUCCGGGUGGUUGAUGAUGCCACCGGCGUUAUCGCUGCUCAAAUCCAGACAUUCAAAAGAAAUGAUGUGCAUGGUUUCAUUAUUCUGAAUCAACGGCCGCAGGAUCAUGAUGAAAACCAUGUCCGAGUCAUCGUCUGGGGUGGUCGCUCAGUGCGAGCGAUCAACGUGUCUCUUGGCUCUGGCAAUGAAAUCAACUUGUCGAUCUCGAGUGCUGAGUUCAAUACUCCAGACUGGAUCAUGAGUGGAUGUGGAGCUGCCGAAUCUGGCCACUACGGGGCUUUUUUGAUCACUGCGAACAAUGCACUACUGAGCCUUGAAGUGCUUAUCGGCGAGGCAUCUGAGAAAGACACAGAGACUACCAUAUCCAUAUAUCAGCUGGCGACAAGUGUAAAGUCUAUUCUUUACUCUGCCAACGUCAUCGCGCUAUCUCCCUCUCAUGUUCUCAUUGCUGCCGGUACAGUCUUCGGCGAAAUCAUCGUUUGGUCGUGUUUCUUAAGUGUAGAGGGGUCACACAAAGCCAAUGCAGUCGCCUCCAUCCACCACUUCUUCACAGGACACGAAGGAUCAAUAUUUGAUGUCCGUAUUUCUCCAAAAAUCCCGUCUUUGAAUGGAGGUCAAUCUGGUAGGCUAUUGGCCAGUUGCAGUGAUGAUAGAACUGUGAGAAUUUGGGAUAUAUCAGAUUGCGAGCGAAAGACCGCACAAGAUCCUUCCGCAUACUCCACCGACGGGUUUGAGUUGCGAAGCACAGGCUUUGGUCCCGUCAAAGCAGGCGAAGAAAGCGUUGGAUCUGAAUCAUGUGUGAUCCAGGCAUUCGCUCACGCAGCCCGCAUUUGGGGUGUUCAUUUCAGGGCCAUCACAAAUAACAGCCAAACUCAUAUGGGACUAGUUUCUCGUGGAGAGGAUUGCACAUGCGUUGUGUGGGACCUGAGCUGGCAGUCACCAGUGGCUGGGGCAAAUGAGUAUCGACUCAGCCAAAUUUCUUCAAUACAACCACAUAUUGGAAAGCACAUUUGGUCUCUGGAUCUUUGCAGGGUAGACUCGGAGACGGUGGUUUACACCGGCGGUGCUGAUGGUGCAUUGAAGAGCUUCGCCAUCAAAGAAAAUGAUGAUGAAAAUUCUGCUUCGCUUCAACAAUCAUCUGGCUUGCAAAUGAAGGCAAAGAAAAAACAAUCUAAGGCUUACGGAGCGAAGGCAUUUGCAUUUGUCUCCCGGGAUUGCCUUCUUCGUACCUCCACACAAGGUGAGAUCCAGCUUGGACAUGUCGGCGAAACAGAAGAAACAGCCAUUACUUGGGAAACACUAUGCGAAACACCCGAUCUUGCUUCUUUUGGCGUGAUGACCGCUCAGCCUCAAAGGGGGCUAGCAUUGAUCGGUAAUUUCCAAGGACUCUUCCGGCUCUAUAAUCACACUACAAAAUCUAUUGUCACCAUCGCAAACGUUGGCAAACGGCCGCUUGAAACAUUCUUCCUUCAAACUCACUCUUCCGAAGCGAACGCCUCAAAUCUAUCCGAAAAACUUACCUUCCUUGUCUGUUACCCUACAGGGGAUGAGAAUGCCAUAGGAGAAGAGAUCACACUCGUCACCGUCUCCAACUGGAACAGCGAUUCUCCAAAAGCAGAAACAACUACCUUUAGCCUGCCGCGUGCAUUUGUGGUUUGCAGUGCUUGUCUUAUCUUUGAUGGUCAAUAUUUGGCCAUAGGGUCAAAAUUAGGAGCACUUGCUGUCUAUGACACUUCCAAGACUCAGCCCGUGUUGGUAAACCGACGAGUCCAUGGCCGAGAAUUUGUCAAUCACAUUAGCGUUGUUUCAUCUGUUGCCACGAGCGACAAGAAAUCUGACUACGUACUAACUUGUGGUCGUGAUGGUACCUAUUGCCUCCACGAGCUACAAAUCUCUGAGAGCGAACCCGAUGCUGUCUCAAUACAGAUAGUGCAUCGCACAGCGUCCAUAACCGGCGGAAACCUUGAAGGUGCUUAUUUCGAUGGAGAAACUGGUGACUUCAUGUUGUACGGAUUCAGAUCUCAGGAUUUCGUCCUGCGCAAUGAGUCGAAGCUGACGGAUAUUGUAUCCGUUGCGUCGGGCGGUUUCCGCCGGGCCUGGGACUUUAUCCCAGGAACCAAAGAUAGCCAUGCAUUGUUCACAUGGAAAGACGGAGUCACUUUGAUGACCACUCGUGUACGCACUGGAUCUAGUACUUUAAUCCGAGCUGGAGGUCACGGGCGGGAACUCAAAGCAGCGGAUGUUUUCAGCGCUGCCAAUGGAGAACAAUCUCUUCUUGCAACCGGCGCAGAGGACACUACUGUUCGCAUCUUCACACCAACCUCAUCAGUCGCCGAUAGUCCGUGGGGCACCUUUGAGUGCCUGCGCGUCCUGGAUACUCACAAGUCCGGAAUCCAGCAGGUGACUUGGUCUAAGGAUGGAAAAUACCUAUUCACCAGCGCUGCAUACGAAGAGUUCUUCGUUUGGAGAGUCUGCAUGAUUCCCAAGUUUGGUAUUGCUACAAAAUUGAUUGCUGCCAGUCCGAAGGACGACCCCAACUCGGAUCUCCGGAUACCGGGCUUCGAUUUGCUGGAAGUAGAAGAUGUUGACGGGGAGCAAGGGUUCCUCCUGUGUCUUGCUCUUUCAAAUUCUGUUAUCAAGAUCUUCCACUUUUCUCCCAACAAUGGGGGCCAAUUCACGCUCCUGGCUCGUGGCAAAUACAUGACCAAUUGUUUGACUCAAGCGCACUUCUUGGUGACAAGCUCCUCUGUGAGCCUUAUAACUGCCGCCACCGAUGGUUACUUCACAUUGUGGGAUCUGACCAGCACACUUGAGCCAUUUUAUACGAUUUCUGAAUCCACUUUGAAGGCUAAGAUUGCCUUCGACAGCUCGUCUAUCUCACCAGAAAACAUCACGUGUGAAAGUCGUUACCAGAUCCAUUCCAACAGCAUCAAGGGGAUGGAACUGGUUCCUAUCUCCGACACAGCCACAGUUGUUGUUGCGGGAAGUGACGAUAACUCGCUUUCCGUAUCCCUCCUACGAACUCAUCCCUCGGAUUCCGGCACAAAUGCGGACGUAGCUACUGUUUCCAUACCGGAUGCUCACGCUGCUGCAAUAACUACAGUCAAGAUUCUCAGCCAACAAAUUUCUCGUGAGGUUACAUCAAACACGCAAACCAUCAGUAUCACUGUGGCGUCCUCGGGUAACGACCACCGAGUCAAAUUGUGGUCAAUCACCGUGGACCCAACACAACCGGGCACGCAGGGGAUUAUCGUCGAGUUCCUAUUGGACAGAUACAGUUCGGUGGCCGAUAUCUCAUCCUUAGGGCUCGUUCGUGCACCCGGGAGUGGCAUUCCUGCAGAGCGCCACAUGUCGGCAUUGUACACGAAGGCGCAGUUGGUGGUGUGCGGUGUGGGGAUGGAGAUGUUUUCUGUCAGGUCGUAA